GGAGGCAUUAUAUAUUAUCAUGUGACUUUGAUAAAGUUGGUCAAAAUGGCAGCAGCGAUUGUUGUUGUCUUGGCUGUGGCCAUCGUCCUUUUUACAGCAUGGAUACUUAAAACAGAAUUAGCAAGGAAAAAGAUUGACAAUAUUCCAGGUCCAGUGGCAAUACCUUUACUUGGCAAUGCUCACCAACUGAAUCGUACCAGUAGAGGGUUUUAUGAUCAGAUGGAAGGGUUGAUGACGCUGUAUCAGGAUAAGCAUAUUUUCCGACUUUGGCUUGGGAUACUGCCAGUAGUCAUAGUAUACAAAGCAGAGUUUGCUGAGGUGAUCCUACAGAGCAGUAAACACUUGGAUAAGGCUGAUGAGUACCGGUUUCUACAUCCCUGGCUGGGAACUGGUCUUCUAACCAGCACUGGGAGUAAGUGGAAGUCUCGAAGGAGAAUGCUGACGCCAACAUUUCAUUUCAAGAUUCUGAAUGACUUUGUGGGCGUCUUUCAUGAUCAAGCAUCUACAAUGAUUCAGAAACUCUCACAAGUGGCUGAUGGAAGAGAAUUCAACAUCUUUAACUACAUCACCUUGUGUGCUUUGGAUAUCAUUUGUGAGACUGCCAUGGGAAAAACUGUUGAUGCUCAAAGUAACAGUGAGUCAGACUAUGUAAAGUCUGUUUACAAAAUGACAGAACUGGUGUUACAGAGACAGAGGACCCCCUGGUACUGGCCUGACUUUCUCUACAACACUAUUGGCCAUGGCAAGGAACAUGACAGAUGUCUUCGCAUUCUCCAUGGGUUUACUAAAAAGGUUAUCAAGGAAAAGAUGGACAAUCUGACUGAAGGCUCUCGACACAGCAUGGAGGAAGUGCUAAGUCAGCACUCAGAGGAAGACAUGUACAGGAGCAAAGGUCAAAGGUUAGCAUUUCUGGACAUGUUGCUCUGCACCACAGAGGACGGGUCUCAUCUGUCGAUGGAGGACAUCAGAGAGGAGGUGGAUACAUUCAUGUUUGAGGGACAUGAUACAACAGCAGCAGCCAUGAACUGGGCAGUCCAUUUGAUUGGUGCAAAUCCUCAGGUCCAGGCAAAGGUCCACGAAGAACUGGACCAACUGUUUGGUGACAGUGACAGGCCGCCCACAAUGAAUGACCUGAAGGAGAUGAGAUAUUUGGAAUGCUGCAUCAAGGAGACACUGAGAUUGUUUCCAUCUGUCCCAUUCUUUGCCAGAAAGUUGAAGGAGGACUGUGAAUUUGAUGAGUACAGAAUUCCCAAAGAUACCACUGUCAUCAUUACUCCACCUGGGCUACACAGAGACGUACGAUACUUCCCAGAUCCAGAGAAAUUCGAUCCCGACCGAUUUUCACCAGAUAACAACCAUAAAAGACAUCCUUAUUCCUAUGUCCCGUUUUCUGCCGGGCCAAGGAACUGCAUUGGCCAGAAAUUUGCUAUUCUGGAAGAGAAAGUGUUGCUGUCCAACAUCUUUAGGAAUUUUACUGUGACCUCCAAACAGACAAGGGAGGAGCUGUUACCCAUUGGAGACCUGAUUAUGAGGCCAGAACACGGGAUCUUUGUGGAAAUACAUCGCCGGGAAAAGUAGCUAUCCCUCGCUGUAAAGUGAAGUAGUGAAACUGUAAUUUAAUCCAAACUUAUAAUUCAGAGUGAUCGUCUCAAGAAGUACUAGAUCAUUAAUAUCAGGUUUACAAUAAUUAUGCCUUGCUCUGUUAACAACUAAUGAAACUUGCCUCAACUAGAAAUGCUUAGUAUAUAUACUCAAAAACAUUCAGAGUACAAGAUAUACUAGUAUUAAUUAAUGGUAACGAUUAUAUUUGUGAUAGAAAAUUUCGUGAUGUAGAACAAAUGUGUCAAUUUUUAUGUUUCUUUUUUAUGUAGAUGCUCAAUACGACAUUUGUGACUGAUAAAUAGUACACAUAUCUAACCAUCCUCAUGGCCGACUGCAAUUACUUUUAUUCUCAUUAAUGGUUAGUGUGACUUUUAGGGAUUUAAUAAUUGUUCCUCGUCAUUUUUUAAAAAUUCAAUUUUCUGUGGAUGGAAUUGUUGUAUUUGUAUUGCACUGUGCCGGUGUCGAGUUAUUUUUACCCAGUAUUUGUGUAUGUUGUUAUUGUACUUCCCAGUGCAUUUUUUUUUCUAGCGCAGACAAUUUGUGCAUCAGAUAUGUGCCUCAAUAUGCAUGUUUGUAUGUAGUAGUCUUGUCUAGUCACAAAAUGUAUUGUUUUGAAUAUUUGCUAAUAUCCAAAGAAACCAAAUCAUUAUGACAAGUCCCAAUUACUAUAGAUUUCUUACUAAUAGUCAAAACUUUCAUUUAUACAGCAUUAUGACUAAUGUAUUAAUAUAGAAAGUUUGAGAGAUGCAAUUUCAUAUUACAUGUAUAUGUCAAUUUAACAUGGAGAGAUCUUGCAAAACAUACACACAAAGAGGAAGGAAUCUAUUGUAAAAGUGAAAGUCAAAUGCAAUUGUGAUCAAAUGGAUAAUUAACAAAUAUGAAUUGUCAGGUUAAUUUUGUGUAAUUUAUACAUCAGUAUUAAAAUAAAGUAUUCCUCUCUGAU